UUAGGAACUGUUCUGUUUUCCACAUACAUUUAAAGAUAUGCAUGUUAUUAAAUAAGAAUAUAUAUUUUUUUGAAUUGAUCUGUUAUGUUUUUUCUUCACAGAAAUCCUGCGUACUAACAGAGUUAAAGAAGAAACUCUCCGACAUCAUGGCUCCAAAACCUGCUUCUGUGACCUCAAUGACUACCGCAUUACCCAGCAAUAUGACAUCAAUACAUCCUAGUGAGCCUCCCAGUGCCUGCUCCUUUCAUGCUGUGUCACCCGAAGAUGCUCAAGAGUUAGCAAUGAUAAUGGAGUCCAUUGCAUGGCCUGAAACACCACCUUUACUAUCUAACCUUUCUCUGGAGAACACCAGUGAUCCUGCCCACAGUACUUUUACAAUUCUCCCACGGAAUGGAGGAGGAAGCUGGCAGAUAGGGGAUCAAUUAGAGGUUUUGAUAAAAAUGUUUGACUUCAAUGGUCGUCCUAAAAGGUCUGGUGGAGAUGUCCUGUAUGCUCGCCUUGCAAACCGAGCUCUUUAUGCAGGUGUGGCGGGGAAAGUGUUUGAUCAUCGCAAUGGUUCCUACACUGCUGUAUUCUCUUUACUCUGGGAAGGAACUGCACAGGUUGAGGUAACACUGGUUCACCCCAGUGAAGCAGUUACUUUGUUGGAAAAAGUGACCAGAGAGGAGCCUGGCAGAGCAUAUUCUCUAAGUGUCUUUCGCUCAGGCUCUGUCACAGAAACUGUUAGAUGCAAUGUGUGCCUUGAAGGUCCCAAACAGAAGCUGUGCAACUACACUGACCUCCACACUGGUGAGCCCUGGUUUUGCUACAAGCCAAAGAAACUGAACUGUGAUAUGAGGGUCACCCAUUCCAAAGGAGGAUUCACACAAAUAAAACAACCUAUGGAAGAUCAGCUCUUACAACUAGGUGUCAACAUGAAAGUCUCCAUUUCAGCAUCGGGGCCUGCCAGCAUAGACAUUUUACCAAAACCAAAAGGUGGAGCCAAUGAAAACUUAAAGACUACUCCUGCUGGUUAUUACUACCAGGGUGUGUGGCGAGCACUGGACGGCACGACAGUCCAUCAGUUUAACAACGCUACAGCAAUAAGCCAAUGUUUGAAAGGGAAGAUGGUCCACCUGUAUGGGGAUUCCACCGUCAGGCAAUGGUUUGAAUAUUUAAUUGCAAAUACACCAGAUCUCCAGAAGUUUGACCUGAAAAGUCCACCAAGAGCAGGACCCUAUAUGGCCUUGGAUUAUAAACGCAACAUCUUAGUGACAUACCGCUGCCAUGGCACUCCUAUCUUUUUCACUCCCAUGUCAGUCAGUGAGACAUGUUAUAUUACCAGUGAAUUGAGAGGUGUGGUUGGAAGCACCAACACUGUUAUAAUUAUUGCUGUCUGGGCACACUUCAGCACUUUCCCUGUUGAAGUGUACAUCCGGAGAUUACUGAACAUAAGGAGGGCAGUGGAGCUAUUGUUGAGCAGAGCUCCAGGUACACUGGUCAUCAUUAGGACUGGGAAUCCCAAAACGCUGAAAGCUUCCGAGGCACGUAUCGGCAGCGACUGGUAUUCCUUACAGCGUGAUAAGAUCCUCAGAGCAAUAUUCAAAGGGGUGAAAGUACGACUGGUAGAUGCCUGGGAGAUGUGCUUGGCCCAUCACCUGCCACACAGCCUCCACCCACAGCCUCCCAUAAUAAAGAAUAUGAUAGAUGUGGUUUUGUCCCACAUAUGUUCCCCAGGUGGGGAUUCUAAACCUGCAACUAAAAAGUCAAAAGAAAAAAAUUAACAAAAGAAUAAGUCUACAACCACACAAUAAAGCAGCCAUCUGGUUAAACUCUACUUAUCGUUGUUUCUUUGACACUCAUUUAUUUAUUUUGCACCUAUUUGUUUUCUUAAAUCGGUUUCAUUGGAUUUCCUUGUUGUUGCUUGUGUAUGUUCCUUGACUCCCCCCUCUCCUGUAUUGGCUAGUUAUGUUCAUUAUGUUCUUUGUUAUAAUGGACAAGUGGAAAUGGAUAAUACCUAUAUUUUGACCUCACUUGCUUUUGGGUUAAUUCUAGCACCAUUUACAAUCACUUGGUCUUGUGUGUAUUCUUAGUGAGGAUUUUCCUUUUAUUUAAGUAAAAUAUUUUGUAAAAUGCUAA